CCUUUUCCAUUUCUUCUAUUAUCCUUGGCCUUUUCUUUGGAAUGCUAGUCACUCCUUUGACAACACUUGCUGCCUUUUAAUAGUUUUUUCUUCUUUAGCAUAGUCGAUUUAAGGAUGUGAUAUGAGUUAUCAAGAGCUGUAACAAACACACACUCCUUUUUUGUAUUUAGCGAUUAUCUCCUUCCUUAAAUCCACUCUGGUUUGCACAACUUGCUUUGCUGCUGGUAGCACCGCUGUCUUUCUUUGAGCCCUCUUUGGGCAAAGAACAUUAGGGGAAAAAAUUCUUGAGAGGCACUCGCAAAUGUGAGUCCUCACACUACGACUGCCUGCGUGACCCAGGUAAUCAGACUCUAAGAAUUGAGUCAAAGACCGAGGAGAUUCCACUCUACGAUUGUGCCUCUCAGCUGCUGUUCAAAUAAGCAAACAUCUUUUAAAAUACUGCAUUCCUCCCGCAUCCUGAUUCUGUCAGAAUAGGCGUCUUUCUGCUAUUGAUUUUAAUACAUUGAUAAGGUACAACAUAAUGUUUGUGCACCAUCAAACACGUUCACAUAUAAAUGGCUCAAUAUGUGGCGUGGGUGGGACAGGCGGUGGGGGUUGCUUCAAGCACAUGGAAUGUUUUUUCCCAAUCGUCCUGCUUCAUUUUCCUCUUUUCCAAUCUCGAUCGUGUUUGUCUUAUCAUUUGUCUGGACCUCAGCUCUUGGACUCUGUUGAACGAUGUCUGUCUGAGGAAGUCGCGGCAGCCAGCUGGGAGAACCUCUAGAUGUAAAAAAAGGCGGUGAAGUGGCAUUACCCUAUUGCCCUAUAAUUAGUUGGCAACCAGUUUAGAGCCUAACCCGUCUCCGGCCCCUUGACAGCUGGGAUUGGCUCCAGCACUCCCCUGACCCUCAUGAGGAUAAGCGGGUUAGAAAAUGGAUGGACGGAUGGAUGCACCAAUCUGUACUUUUAGUAGGCUGCAAGACUGCAUUUACAUGGGUUGACCAAGGUUGAGACACGAGGGUCUAGAUACGGGUUCAGCCUGGUGGAUCAGGUCCUCGCAGGAGGUCAGAGUGAGUGAGUGAGUGGUGCCCGUUUCUGUCUCCUUCGAGUGCAGAUGUAUGACUGGCCAUAGAUGUUGCUCUUUUCACAGGUCUGCAUGAGGGUGAGACUGUGCAGCUUGAUCGGUAAGGUCCGGGCAGACCUCAGCAGACCUGAAAAACAGAGUGCCAGCCAGGAAGAGAAUGUCAAACACAACAUCCCAAUUGGGCUCCAUGCCAACCUGACAGAAGGCAUCCCUGUGUGUCAGAGCCUCCGACAAGCGUCUACACUCAUCAAUGAGGCUGGGUUCUUCCGUGGAAAGAUCGGCUUUCGUCAGGCACUGGGACGAUAUCAGCUAAGCAUGGAACAGGUGGCGCUUGAGCUGAGAGAGCAGAUCCGGCUUUUCAGAGAACUGACAGGUCACCUGCCUCAUCAUAUGGAUGGACAUCAACAUGUCCAUAUACUGCAAGAGGUACGUGAGGUGUUUGCACAGGUUCUGUUUGAUCACAAAAUUCCAUACACUCGCGUUCCAGUGGAGCCAGGUUUGCACAGCUGCCAGUGGCUGCCGACACAUCUCCAAAGAUUCUAUGCACAGGUGGAGAAAGAUGCUCUUGAGGCCAUUCCUGUCUUCAGGCGUUAUGGAAUAAGGUGGCCAGAAGUGUACCUAGGACUGACCACAGUAGGGCAGAACAUGUCUGUCUCCAAUCUGCAGUGGGCCCUAAAUCAUGCCUUGAGUCGGUCCUUCUGUGGCAUUUCCAGUUCUGAAACGCAAGUCAUCACAGCAGAACUCAUGGUCCACCCAGGUUACCCCAGUCACCCACAAAAAGGUGGCUGUGGAGAAGGACCAGAUGACUUCUCCCAGUCAGAUGACCGGCAACAUGAGCUCAGUGUGCUCACUGAUUUGUCACUGUUUGCGUUGUACCGCCAAAUGAGAGUGCAGCUCUGUGCUUUUAAUGACCUUUGAGCACAUUUUGUCUUCAGUGUUAUAAAUAUAUUAGAGGUAUCUCACAUUAUUUUUUUUUAGAACAAAAUGAACUUUAACAUAACUGUGUGGUUCAGCAUUACAUUGAUUGUCUUUACAUUUUACUUACAUUUAGAGACUUAAAACUAGAAUGUUGUUCUUCUUUUCCUUUCAGCUUGUCCCGUUAACUUCAGCUUGUAAGAAUUUGAUACAGAUAGGGUUCCAAAACAUCCAACUUUAACUGUCCCUCUAAUGAGCUCAUUUCUAAUCCUAUCCAACCUGCUCACUCAACAUCUUCAUUUCUGCCACCUCCAGUUUUGGUUCCUGUUGUCUCUUCAGUGCCACCGUCUCAAAUCCGUACAUGCCAUUGUUUUAUAAACUUUGGCCUUCAUCUGAGCAGAGGCUCUUCUGCCACAUAACACACCAGACACCUUGCGCGCCUGGUCCAACCUGCUUGGACCCGUUUCUUCACUUCCUUACCACACUCACCAUUGCUCUGGAUUGUUGACCCCAGGUAUUUGAAGUCGUCCACCCACCUUCUCCCUGCAGCCUCACUCUUCCCCUCCACCCCUCUCAUUCACGCACAUAUCUGCUGUUUUACUUCAGCAAAUCGUCAUUCCUCUCCUUUCCAGUGCAUCCCUUGUAAUUGUUCCUCCACCUGCUCUGUGCUUUCACUGCAUAUCACAUACCUGCGAACAUCAUGGUCCAAGGGGAUUCCAGUCUAAUCUCAUCUGUCAGCCUAUCUGUUACCACAGCAAACAGGAGGGGCUCUGAGCUGUUCACUGUUUUAGUCCCACCUCCAAAUUAAAUUAUUUUGUCACACCUACGGCACACCUCACCAUUGUUCUGCUGCCGUCAUAAAUGUACUGGACCAUUCUAACAUUUUGUCCGCCACACCAGAGUUACGCAUGCAGUACCACAGUUGCUCUCUUGGUACUCUGUCAGGUUUUCUCUAGAUCCAGAAAGAUACAAUGUAGUUCCUUCUGACCUUCUCUUUACUUUUCUACUAGCAUUGUCGAGGAAAUAAUGCAUCUGUGGUACUCUUUCUAGGCAUGAAACCAUACUGUUGCUCGCUGAUAUUUACUUCUGUCUAGCCUCCACUACUCUUUUCCAUAACUUCAUUGUGUCUCAUCAACUUUAUUCGUCUAUAGUUCCCACAGCUCUGCACAUCGCCUUUGUUCAUAAAAAUGGGAACUAGCACACUUUUUCUUCAUUCUUAAGGCAUCUUCUCCCCCCCCUAGUAUUCUAUUGAAUAAACUGGUCAAAAACUGCACAGCCACGUCUCCAAAUUGCUUCCACACCUCCACACAUAUGUCAUCAUGAACAACUGCCCUUCCAUUUUUCAUCUUCUUUAUAUUUUUCUAACUUACCCCUUACUGAUUAGUAAUCAUUGCCAGUUCCUGGUCCUUCACACUUGCCUCUUCUACUCUUCCUUCUCUUAUUUUCUUCACUCAUCUACUUCUUAACAUAUAUAUCUAUUUAGCACACUACUGGCACCAGUCAACACAUUUCCAUCUCUAUCCUUAAUCACCCUUACCUGUUGCACAUCUUUCCCAUCUCUAUCCCUCUGUCUGGCCAACCUGUAGAGAUCCUUUUCUCCUCCCAUGCAAGUACUCUCCUGCCUGUCUCUCUGAUCACGUUUGCUGUAGUAGUCCAGUCUUCUGGGAGCUCCUCCUGUCCAUCGAGAGCCUGUCUCACCUCUUUCCGAAAGACCACACAACAUUCUUCCUCUCUCAGCUUCCACCACAUGGGUCUCUGCUGUACCUUUGUCUUUUUAAUUUUCCUACCCACCACCAGAGUCAUAAGGGUCGCGGGGAGUACUGGAGCCUAUCCCAGCUGUCAACUGCCAGGAGGUUGCCAGCCAAUCUCAGGGAAACCGGAGUGCCCGAAGAAAACCCACGCAGGCAUGGGGAAAAGAUGGAAACUCCACACAGGCGGGGCCGGGAUCGAACCUGGGUCCUCAGAACUGUGAGGCCAACGCGUUUACCAGCUGAUCCACUGUGCCGCCAGAGUUAUUGUAGUUUUGGGUUUUCCAUGAUCCCAGUAAUCCAGGACUCUCCUCCAUCACCACCUCCUGCCCUUGAUCUUCCUGAGUGGUCAUCUGUUUACCUUAAACGACUCUCUCGUAAGUGGUCAGAACCCCAUUGGUCUGGUUCCCACAAGGUGACUGCUCGUAUCUCCAAAGCUGUCCGCUUGGAAGGAAAAGGAACUAAGUGGUUUCAUUAUUGUAUGCUUCGCCCUGCUAUACUAUGCUUCGCCCUGCUAUAGACUCUUAAUUCCACUUUUAUUUUAUUGCUUGUUAUUGUUUUAUUGUUAACCAUUAUUUCUACAGAUGGUCCGAUUGCUUUUCGGACCAAGAGAGGGAGGCAGGAAUCUAUAAUAUUAUUAUUAUUGAUGUUAUUGUUGUUCUUGGUAUUUGGAUUUGGGAAAUCGCUCAAAAAUACCCUCUUCUGUCAACUCCACCUGUGUUCUAGGUCUUAUGAAAAAUAACACCAGCCCAAAAGAACAAACCUGUGUUUAAUCGUGCUUUGGCGUGCCAAAACUUCAGCUGUAUUUUCCUUGAAGUGUGUUCCAGUGAUAGUACCUCAGACUCCAAUUCUGAAGUAGUCAUCACAUCCAGGAGCAGAGCAGAAUUCAAUCGAUCUGACACUGUGAUUUCUGAACCAUAUAACCAAAGCACUCCCAAGCCUGACCCUGAAGAUGGCGGGUUGGUUGUAACCUUUGUAUAAUAAUUUCGUGCAUUUAUUUAGGAGGUGUGGGCAUGCAAUUGACCCCUCCGUACAGGGCACUUAACCACGCCUCCUGAAGUUACGUCACCCCACGUGUGCUAACCUCAGACAAACAAUUAGCAAAAAUGGCGGUGCAGGAAGAAAAGACUAGAGCGAAAUUGUCCGAUUUACCAUCUGAUUUCUCACUCGCAUUCUUAGUGAAUAGUGAAAAAUCAUUGAAAAGCAGACAGCAGGGCUUCAAGUAUUUCAGCGAGGGGUAUUUCAAUGGUAUUUACAUGCAUAUAGACAGAGAAACCAUUGAUAUUAGCGCGAGAUCUUUCCGGAGUCAGAGGAAGACCGAGAAGCCACAUAUUAUAACCCAAAGACGAAUUCAUCAUUGACAGUUUCCUAUUUUCGUGUUACAUAUCACACUUGUGUGCAGAAUCUGUAUGUGUAUCUGUAUAGCCGUUUAUGAACCGCCGCAUGAAGGAAAAGAAGGCGAGGCUUGAUUUACGAGUUGUUUCUCUCGUUUUCUUUGUGUAACGUCACGUGCUCCCCUCAAUAAUUAUUCUUGAAUUAGUGCCGAACCUACGGAAGUCCCGACCGAGUACGACAAUCACGACUUUAUAGUCUCCUCAAACAUCCUUCCUUCAGUCUUGGUGUCGCGGUGCACGUCGAAGGCUUUUAGGACUCGCUAGUCUGGUUUAGCUUAGCUCGGCAGUCAGAUCAUCGCAAAAUAUCGCUCACCACAGAUCAAGUGUGUCAAUCAUUCACACGUAGCUAUGUUAUGCAAACGAAGAACUGCUAAUUCCUUUAUAUGAGACAUGUAUUGAAAAUCAAAUAUAGGGCAUACCUUCGUGCAAACAUAGUCCGGUCUAGCUUAGCUCGGUAGCCGCCGAACAGAGACACGUUUGUGCAGUCAGAUCAUCGCAAAAUAUCGCUCAACACAGAUCAAGUUUAUCAUUCACACGUAGCUAUGUUAUGCAAGCAAAGAACUGCUAAUUCAUUUAUAUGACACAUGUAUUGAAAAUCAAAUAUAGGGCUUACCUUCGUGCAAACAUAUCUGUUCCGGUUGAUUUUAGAUGGAUUCAGUUGAUCAUACGAUCUUCCACGAAGUUUGAUCCAUCAAAGACAUUUUUCAUACUGGGUCUUCGGUUUUGGAAAGGGUACGAAUUGAACUCCACCAACUAGCCUUUCAGGAUACCUGUCGUCACUAUUACAAAGUCUGUGACUACACCUCUUAACCAUAUCUAUGGUUAAAGAACCCAAAUACGCAAUAAAACGCUAACAAAAGCUAUACUGCACCAUGCAACUUUGUCUGAGGGAAUGGAGGACGCCAAAAAGGGGCGUGGUUUAUGCAGAUCUCUGGCCUCUGAUUGGUCAGCGAUGCGGAUGACCCAAUUUCUACAGAGGGGUCAAUUGAGAAGCAGUUCAGCAUCUGUCUUUUGUCAGGAAGUCAGAGGCGGAGAGACAAUGAUUGUCAAUCCUUAAUCUUUUCUAGUGGGAAUUAACCAGUGGAACAACGAAAGUUAAAAUGUAAACAACAGAAAUGUAUAUGUUCAAAAAGACUAGGAAGAUGUAAAAGUGUAACCCCCUCAUUCUGUGUACAGAUUUGACUUAUAUAAUAGGAAAAGGUAAACAAAUCAUAUUUAACACUCUUAAGUUUUAUACAUGUGUGUGUGUGUGUGUGUGUGUGGUGUGUGUGUGUGUGUGUGUGUGUGUGUGUGUGUGUGUGUGUGUAAAAAAAUAUGCGUGUGCUUGUGUCAAACAGUUUCUGAAUGCAGUGGCAAAGUAAAUUUUAUAUUUUAUACAGUACCUCUUAAUUAUUCCAUUAACCAAGUCGUAAACAAAUUUACAUUGCUAUAUACUUGGUUGUAUAGUUGAUUGUUGUUUGGUUCUGUGUGGCUAAAUCAAUCAUUUUUUGUGGUAUUCACAAUGUUUACAUUUUUGCAUAACCUCACAAUUGGCAGAAUAAUGUUACCAUUUGAAUCAUGUUUCAGAGAUACACAGGGACCUUCAUCAACAACUGAGCCUGCCCAGGCAAUGUCUAAUUUUAGCCAUUUAUAUUACAUACAUUUCAAUCCAUUAUUAUUUGCCAUACAUUUUAAUUUGUUUUUCAAAUACAUAGUCCAAGAUGGUCUUUCACCGGAUGACUUUGAGACUCAAACUUUAACCUUCGGGCAGACUAUCUGCUUGAUUGUGAAGAUGGUCAAACAUCUGUUUUUUUGGUUGAAGUUAUGAUGUUUGCAACUGGGCUCACAACACUUCCUCCAUCUGGCUUUGAUCCACCUCCAGCAAUCGAGUUCCUGUAUGACUCUCCAUUCCCAAAGGCGACCACACACUAAAUUUCCACUGUACGAGUCAUAUAGUGUGUUCAAAUCACGAAUGCCCUUUGGGUUGGUAAUUGUCUAGGAUUUGGAUGUUUGUAAUGUGGCUUUCAUUUGAGUGGCCACAUGCCACUCAAUAACAUUGUAAAAAUGUGUGUAAAUGUUUUUUUUUUUUUUUUACAUAGUUUAUUUGUAUUAUUUAUUUAUUUUAUUUAUAUUUUUGGGAAAACUGUUCUAUUUAUUAUUAAAAGUUUACUGAAGUUGCAACUAAAUUGUUAAAAGUAGUGAUCACCUGGCUGAUGUUCUUUUACGGUUUAAAAUUAAGAUGAGUGUUUUAGAGCCUUUAUUCAGGCAAAGACCAGUGUUCCAACAAACAUAUAUACUCAUACAGUUGUGCUCACCAUUGUUUUUCAGGACCAAAUUGUGGACUAUCUCCUGCAGUUAAUAAUCUGGUGAAACAUUUUUCUGAAGGGAACAUGUUUGAUAUAAAAAGAAAAUUACAUUUAAUAGCCAUGAAACAAAAAUACUAG